GGAUCAUCAUAAAGAAACAAAUUGAUUCCAUAACAGCAAUUUCCCCUGAACUCACAAGUCUCAAGAUUUUCUGAUGGGAAAUAUAACCAAGAAGGGAAGCAGAAACCUGGUAAUUGACAGUACCAAGUCACUGGAGGACAGCUCAACCACAGCACUGCACACUAAGCUAUACGAAGCCAUAAUUAAAGAUGACUGCACUACAAUCAAGGCACUUCUCAGAAACCACCCUGUCAACCAGCCCCUGACUAUUCUGGCCAGCUCCACCAGCUAUAGAUUACAUCUGAGCCAGCAAACACAGUCCAUUAUCCCAAUUCAUCUGGCCGCAGAAUACCACAAGGCACCAAGUUUGCUCUGUUUGUUAGAACAUGGAGCUGAUCCAGAAGUAAGGGACACACGCGGCCUCACGGCUCUUCACUUGAUGUUACUGCAUUGGCCAAUCACUUCUACCACAUGGACAAAACCAGGCGACAGAAUCCAAAGGAUCCUGACAGACAUUCAGAAUAAUGCUGUACUGUGUCUCCGCAUUUUGUGUGAACAUGGAGCUCAAGUUAAUGCCCGGGUAGACAACAGCAACAAACAUUCACCCCUCCACCUGGCCAUAACGUAUGGAACCUACCCAGUUCUCUCCAUUUUGACCCAAAAUGGUGCUCAGGUCAAUGCCAUUAAUGAAUCCAGCAUGACACCCCUUCACAUGGCUGCAGAUGUACUGAAUAAGGAAAUGAUGGAAACGCUCAUUGCAUGUGGUGCAAAUGUUAACUGUGCUGUCUCUUCUACCGGGAACACAGCCCUGAAGCUGGCAGUGUGUACAGCAUCAAGCAAGGCAGGCCGAUUGCUAGCAGCAGGGGUUAGCUGUAUCCGUAUGCUGCUACUUCAUGGAGCCAAAGUUAAUGCCCAGGACUAUGAAGGUCAAACAGCUCUCCAUGAGGCAUGUUUUGGAGGCAGAGAGGCAAUAAUAAAUCUCUUGCUGGAAUUUGAAGCAAAUGUCAACAUUUUAACAAAAAACUCAGAAUCUCCAAUUUAUAUGUACCUUCAACGCAGUUCCAACAUCAGAGAUGUGACACUUCUUGCCAGGCUACUUUAUCACACUUACCCUUUGAGAUUGACCAAUAAGCAAGGUAUCCUACCUGCAGGAAUCAUGCUACCAGAAUUCCACCUCUUAAAGGAAACCCUAAUAAACUUUUCUCAAAAACCUUUAUCCCUAGAGGAUAUCUGUACAAGAAACAUCAGAAACGUUUAUGGUGAGAAAUACAAACAACACCUGAAGAAACUUCUCCCGAUGAAGAUGUGGAACUCUAUAUACUGCUGUUAUGAUUUAGCUUACCUCUUGAAAUAAGACCUCCAGGUUCCUUAGUGCCAGAGAAUUUCAACAACUCAAAAUGCUUUUUCUGGCUAGACAUACACCAGAAAAUACAUAACUCAUCAUCCUUACAUCCCAAUGUAGAAACUACUGGUUCCUAAACCCUUUUCAAAAAAUAAAGUGAUUUGCACAUUAAUUUUUUUAA